AUGGAGAAGUUCUACCGAGGACUGGAUCCUAUAACACAGUCAAUUGCGAACAAUGCAGCUGAUGCUUGUUUUAUGGAUAAAACUUACACUCGAGUUACCAACAUACUUACCAGAUUGACUACACACAAUCAAGCUUGGCACUCGAACAAUGCUAAUGUUAUACCCUACGGGAAUGCUAUGAUCCAGAAUAUGGUAAAGGAGAAUCAGAAUACUAAGCAGACACUAGCUCAGCUUGCAACAAAUAUCUCUUUACUGACCAAGAAGUUUGAUGAGAACCAGAUUAAGAAGGUAAAUGUUUGCGAAGAUGCUUCAAGUAUGCCGAAGAGGAUGUACGAAGUCCAAGAGGGUCCAUAUCAAGAGGGACCUCCUAUGCAGGUUGAAGAUACUAACUAUGUGAACAGCUCUCAAAGGGGUUAUCAAAGGCAGAAUUACCAAGUGGGUUACCAGAAUCAAAAUGAAUGGAGACCUCAGCAAGGCCAAGGGCAGUCAAACGACCAAAGUAGUUUGAGGGUUGAAGCAAUGCUUGAAAAGGUUCUGGGAAAUCAAACCAAGUCUAAAAAGAUGUUAUCCGGGCUAACAGAGAUAGUGGGGUCUCAUACAGCAGCUAUUCAAAAGCUCGAGUUGCAGAUGCGAGAUAUUUCUAGAGAGCAGCACCCUCCUAAAAAAAGAAGACUUCAUAGUGACACUAUUCUGAAUCCAAAGAAUAGAGGAGGCAGUGUUGACUGUGUGUUUGCUAUUAGUACUAGGAGUGGUAAAAAACUCCAAAGUGCUGAAAAGAAGGAGAAAGUUGCUGAUAUUCCAGAAAGUUCAAAAGUGGCUGAUGACAAGAGUAAGCAGACUCUGAAGCGGUUAUCUCUGAACUUUCCAUUCUUGGAUGCUGUUAAGACGAUGCCCGGUUUUGCUAAGUAUUUGAAGGACUUGUUGACCAAGAAGAAGACGGUGCAACAUGAAAUCAUGAGUUUGACUCACAUUGUGAGUUCGAUUAUUUCCACAACUACCGUUCAGACUAAGAGAGAUCCUGGGUUGUUUAACAUUCCUUGUUCUGUUGGGUACCAUGACUUUACUCGCGCUCUGAUUGAUAAUGGGGCGAGGUUAUGUGGAGAGGUUAAUUCGUUUGCUGGGUUAGGCUCAUAUUCUUACAACCCAAAGAAGCUUACUCUUGAUCUGGAAAAUAGAACAACUCCUCUAGCAAAUCCUUCUAUCGUUGAGCCACCGAAGCUUGAGCUUAAGCAGGUCCCAUCACAUUUGAAGUAUGAGUUCUUUGGUCCAAAUAAUAUGUUAUCAAUGAUUGUUUCAGCAUUACUGACUGAGGAGUAG